AUGGUGCCAUGUGCUUCAGUGCUCACCAGCAUUGCCGGCGCCGCGCCGAGUGGCCAGCUCAAGGUGUUCGAGCAGCUCAUCGACGUCCCUGACGGUUGGUAUCGCGGGGUACCAGCACCGGCACUCGCACGUCUCAAACUCCAUAUAGCCAUUCGCCAGGAUGACAAGCACGCUUUCCUCCAAGAACAGCUGCUGAAGAUCUCCGAUCCCGAGCACGAGCUCUAUGGCCAACACUACGACGCUCACGAGCUCGACGCACUCUUACGUCCUGAGCCAGCAACUUCAAGUGAUGUGCUCUCCUGGCUCGAGGAACAAGGCAUUCCGGCAAUGGAGAUCGAAGACAAUGGAGACUGGAUCAGCGUCGACACCACAGUUGCGCGGGCAGAAAAUCUCCUCGACACAACUUUCUACUUCUUCCACUACGCUGAAGACAAAAGCUGGCGCAUUCGCACCCUCGAAUACUCCAUCCCCGACAGGCUCCAUCCAUACAUCCAGAUGAUCCAACCGACUACACAUUUUGCCCGUUCCCGAGCAAAUCAACAACCCGGGCCAACCUCCAACUCGAUACCCGUGUACGGAUCAGCAACCAAACUGAACGCAACGUACUGUAACACCACCACCUCAGCAGACUGUAUCCGCGCACUCUACGGUAUAGGCGAUUUCCGCGCCAAUGCCAGCUCCGGCUCGCGUCUCGGAAUCCCCGCCUUCGCCAGUCAAAACGUCCUCCGCGGCGACCUGGCCUUGUUCGUCGACAAAUGGGCACCAUACGCCCGCGGCGCAAACUUCUCCAUCACCUCCGUGAACGGCGGCGUUAACAACGAAUCUACCGACGCGAUCUGGGCCUCCGAAGCCAAUAUGGACAUCCAAUACGGCUUGACCCUAGCGUACCCAACGCCGGUCGACUUCUACAAAGUCGGGGGCAGGGGCCCAAUGAUCCACGACCUGCAACUCCCCGACAGACCAGGUGUGCUGAACGAGCAGGAGCCGUUCCUCGAGUAUCUGCAGUACAUGGUCAACUUGACCAACGACAAACUGCCGCAAGUGAUCAGCAUCUCGUACGGCGAAGACGAGCAGACCCACCCGCUAUCCUACAUGCUCAGCGUGUGCCAAUUGUUCGCCAAGCUGGGCGCACGCGGCGUGAGCGUGAUCACAUCCAGUGGCGACGGCGGGCCCGGGGACGGCUGCAUGACCAACGACGGGCAAAACAGGACGCGGUUCAUGCCGCAGUUCCCCUCCAGCUGUCCGUGGGUCACGAGCGUGGGGGGCACAGGCCAGGUGCUUCCCGAGAUUGCCGAACAGCUGUCUGGCGGCGGCUUCAGCGACGUUUUUGCCCGGCCCGAUUAUCAGCGCACGCAGGUUGAGACGUAUCUGAAUGGCACCAUCAAGGACAAGUUCAACGGCCUGUACAACAGGACGGGAAGGGGCAUCCCUGACGUCGCGGCGCAGGCGUGGACGACGUUCCCCAUCUUCCAUCUGGGCCAGGAGCAGCUGAGCGGCGGCACGAGCGCGGCGACGCCCACCUGGGCUGCCAUCAUCGCCAAUCUCAACUCCGAGCGCCUGUCCAGGGGCCAGAAACCGCUGGGCUUCUUGAACCCUUGGUUGUACAACACGGCGUACAAUUCGCUCACGGACAUCACGCAGGGGUCGUCCCGCGGCUGUGACAACGUGACAAAUGCGGGACAGGACGCGCCGGGAGUCCCUGGAGCCGGGUGGAAGGCAGUCAAGGGAUGGGAUGCUGUCACUGGGCUGGGCACGCCCAAUUUCACAAAGCUGCUCGACUUGGCCGUUGAAAUGUGA